AUGUUCUUCCCGACCUGGCACUACACACACGAUACCGUCAAUCAGUUCUGCGCCCUGCAGACCGUCGCGCGGGGCCCGCAGGCGCACACCUGGGCCACGGCGCCCGCCGACCUCUCGCAUGUCGCCUGGCCGCAGGAUGCCAGCCUCGAGACGUUCCUCGCCCAGCAGCAGGUCGAUGGCUUCGCCCUGGUGCACCAAGGGGCCCUGGUGCACGAGAGCUACCUGUCAGGCACCCGGCCGUCGACGCGCCAUAGUCUUGCGUCCAUCACCCGCAGCCUCACCGGCAUGACCGCCGGCAUCCUGGUGGACCGGGGGAUGCUGGACCUCACCUCACCCUUGGAGACCUGGAUGCCGCAGGUAUGCGGCUCCGGGUAUGAAGGGGUGACCGUCCGUCAGCUGCUGGACAUGCGCUCAGGCGUCAACUCCAGCGCGAUUGGCGCGCUGCAGUCCAUGCACCUCAUCGCUGCAUUGCCGUGGCAGACCCGCCACGACGGGCUGCAUGCCUGGUCGCACAGCCUCAAGCGCGCCGAGGGCUGCGAGGGGCCUGGUCCCUGGCCCUUCGAGUACCGGACCGGCGACUCCGAGAUCUUGGGACAGCUGUGCGAGCACGUGACCGCCACCAGCAUGGCCACGCUCUGGUCGACGCUGCUCUGGCAGCCCCUGGGGGCUGCGCACGACGCCAGCGUGAUGGUAGACGGCCAUAACCAUGCCCUGUUUGGUGGUGGCCUCGCGAUGACCCUGCGAGACACCGCGCUGUUGGCGCGCAUGAUCUUGCGCGGCGGCACGGCGCACGACGGCGGCCCCGCCAUCCUUCCCAGGGCGUACAUUGACGAUAUGUUUCACGGCGACGCGGACACCCGCGCGGCCUUUCCCGGCACCAUGUUAGACCUGCCGCUGCCAGGCGGCAUGUACCGCAACCAGAGCUGGAGCCUGCAGUCCGCCCCCCCAAUCACGCUGCUCCUGGGCGCCGGCGGCCAGCUGGUGUACCUCGACCCCUCGGCUGACUUUGCUGCCAUCGUUACCUCGCACUGGGGCAAACCGUACGACACAACCCGCAUGGCCGCCUGGCUGGACGUACUGCCGCGUAUCAGCGCCGCCGUUGCCAGCGAGCCCUCGGCCCGAGCGCUCGGCUGA